AUGCAUGAACAAGUAAGGCUAGUGGAUGUGCACGAGUUAAAGGUACUUUUCAUGGAAGGGUAUAAUGAAUAUAUAAAAUUGGUUAAGCAUUUAGAAUUAUAUUAUCAGAAGUUGCAAUUAAAUUGGUAUAAAUUUCAUUUAUUUUAUGAACUCAACAAAAAUGACACCAGUUCAUAUUCUUUAACAAAAAAGAAAAAAAAGGGGGAGAAGAGGAAAAAGUGUACUACUAGCGACAAGAAAAAAAAAAAAAAAAAAAAAAAAAGUUAUUCCAAUUACAAGACUAUUGAAGAAGAUUUAAAAAUUAUUCAACAAAAGGAAAAGAAAAAUAAUUGUUAUUAUUUUAAAACGUAUAAUAAUAGUUGGAACAACUCUUUCAUUUUACAUUGUUUAAAGGAGGUCCCAAACUCAGUUGAAUUAUAUAUAAACAUUAAAAUUGAAACGAUGAAUAAAUUAAAAAAUAGUGUAUUAACUGAAUUAAAUAAUUUUUGUAAAUUACAAAUAAAUAAAUUUAUUUUUUUAAUUUUUUUAUGCGAAUUAAAGUUAAAUAAUUUACAAAUUAGCCAAAAAGAUAUAAAUCAUAAAAACAAGGAUGUUAAUAGAAACAUUGUAAAACAUAUGAUUCUUUUUUGUAAAAAUAUUAUUCAGGAGAUAACAAAAAAUAUAAUUCCUUUUUUCUUUGUAUUUAAUAUAUUCUCUACUUCAAAUUAUUUUAAUUAUCACUUCAAACAUUUCUGUAGUUUUAUUGAAAUGCUGGAAAUGUACGCGGUUACAUAG